UUGUGACUGUAGUUUUCUCUGCGGCUUUAAUGGCAUCAGUUGAUUCGCGAUUUUUCUGACUUUACACCGAACAAUGGGUUUCCUUUUGGGGAAGACAUGCGAAUAUCGGAAUAUAUGCUCUUCAUAUAUCACCGUCCUUUCUGUUUUCAUUGCUUGCAGUCCUCGUGAAAAUACUUGGGAUGUCAAGCAGCGGCGGCGGACGAUGGUCGUGGCGGUGGUGUUCAUCGCUUGUGGUGGUAGUGAUUGCUACUCAAGUAGCCUGUGGUUCUAAAGUCGAACAAGAGGGUCCGAUUACCCGAAUCGCCUUCGGAUCGUGUGCAAACCAAAGCGCUCCUCAGUACAUCUGGGAUGCAAUUAACAACUUUGAUCCCCAGUUAUUUAUUUGGAUGGGGGACAACAUUUAUGGAGACACAAAGCGCCCCUUUCGUCUUUUUGGGAAGGAAAGGACAAUUGGGCCUUGGAAGAAUGUUCCAAGGUUUGUUCCUUCUUCUGAAAUUGAAAUGGAGUCCAAAUAUGAGAAAGCUAAGACCAAUCCUGGUUAUUCCCGCCUCCGGAAGAAUGCUAAGGUAAUUGGCACUUGGGAUGACCAUGAUUAUGGGUUAAAUGAUGCAGGAAAAGAAUUUGUUCACAAAAUCACUAACCAAAGGCUUCUCCUCGACUUCUUAGAUGAACCCAGUGACAGUCCACGACGCAAGCAAGAAGGUGUUUAUGCAUCUUAUACUUUCGGUCCUGUGGGCAAACAAAUUAAGGUCAUUCUUUUAGACACAAGAUAUCACAGAGACCCUAUAUCUAGUGAUGGGAGCAUCCUUGGGGAUUCUCAAUGGGCCUGGUUAGAAAACGAGUUGAAAGGUCCAAAAACAGCCAUUACGAUAAUUGGAUCUUCCAUUCAGGUUAUAUCAAAUCUUUCAGCAAUCACUGGUCCAAUUUUUUAUGUAGAGUCUUGGGGACGUUUCCCGAAGGAGAGGGAUCGCCUUUUCAGCUUGAUUGCAGAUAGUCAGAGAGAAGGAGUUUUCUUUAUCAGCGGAGAUGUUCAUUUUGCUGAAAUAUCUAGAGAUGAAUGUGCUAUUGGGUACCCACUAUAUGACAUUACUUCAAGUGGGAUUAGCCAAGCGGUUGAAAAGGCAGUCCUGCCACCAUUGAAUUUGAUAGUUAGAUUUGUGUCAUGGUUGACACCAUCUACCAUGAGAGUGAUGGCUCAAAACUGCAAAUACAAGUCAUGCACUUAUGGUCAACCAAAUUUUGGAGCAAUUGAAAUAGACUGGGAUACAACUCCAGUGACCGUGAAACUGGAAGCUAGGGAUAUUAAUGGACUUGUUGUGACAGGUGUAAAUACUUCAUUAUCGGAGUUGCAUGCAGAAAUUAAGAACCCAGAGGUCUCCAAUAGAGCAAGAAAUUAUAGAAGGCAUUGCUCUCUUGAAGUAUCUCUACCAUGGAUAGUCAGAUUCCGCCUGGCUAUUCUAUUAUAUAUUGCCUUUGCAUUGUUGCUUCUCGGUUUGAUGGGUCUCAUACAUGGAGUUGUAUACUUCUGCUGGGUGUGCCGCUUCAAAUGCAAGAUUGACUGACCAGGCAAGAGGAGGUAACAUUAAUAUGUUUUGAGUAGAGAUAUUCAGCACCGACUUACCAAUUGCAACUUCUGCUAAUUUUGACAAAUUUUUGGCCUCAAAGUGCUCGAAACUGUUGUAUCGCGGCGUAGUUGGAGAAUUGACAAAACAUUUGUUUGGUGUUUGCUGAGUUAACAAUAGAUACAAGGAUUUGAUAAAAUUUGAAGUGAGUGACAAAUGAUAAAUCUUUCCAAUUAUUUGCAUCUUAUGGAGAUAUUAGAUCAUUCAGUGGCUGAUUUAAUAUGUAAGUGUUACAAAAGAGCUAGGAUUAUGAUUGAUAGUAAAACGUUGAGGAUUUAGUUUGCAGUAUAAUGCUCUUCUGUAAGCUGGCAGCCUCACGGAUAAUGCCUCCCCCAUUUGGAGCUCUGUCAUACAUAACAUUCUGAUACUGCAUUACUAUUUGUAA